AUGUACUGUAAGCAAGUACCUUCCGUGCGUCUUCUUGCGCUGCGGAUACCUGUCUGCCAAGUCACCACACAGCCACACCGGCUUGAAUCCCGUGCUCGGCUCAAUCAAACCUCCAUCAUCCGCCUCAAGAUCCUCUUCCUUGCGCCAAUAUUCUCGCUUCCAACUGCUAGUCCCAUUCCAUUCAAUACCAGUCCAAACUACCAGGCAUCAGCUUUCCACCGUAUUUGCGUACCGGAAUCCGCCUCUCUACCGCUAUCCUUUGGUACUUACAACUCACUCCCGUCUCGACUACACCUCUCGAUUCUCCGGUUGCUCUCCGAAAUAUGCAGCAUGGAUGUUUUGCCAACGUAUCAGCAAGCCACCACUCGACCCGACUGGCUGCAGCUAGCCGCCCCAUACAUAGCAUUCACGGAUUAUCCAUCCCUUUGUAGAGUCAGCCGCCGUUUCUGGUCCGUCUUCGCGCCUCAGCUCUGGAGAGACCCUUGUGCGGCGUCUAAGCGUUUGGGAUGGAGCACGGACGGUGAUACCAGACAAUGGUGGGCUAAUUUCAUGUCCCGGACGCUACUCCAGCUGACGCCCAAGACACGGCUCCUAAUUCAGGUGCUGGAUGUAAGAGGCGCCGCUGGGCCGCGCGAGUUCGCCAUGUACUCAGAGCUUACUGCAAACGCCUUUACGCUGGCUCUCCAGCUGCUUCCAAACGUCACGGCUCUUGUCUUGGAUGACCAAGAAAGCCUUGACAUCCGCUUCCUUGGCCGCAGCCCCCAACAGACCGUGCCAUUGGGUCGCGCAUUACGGGUGCUAAGUCUUGAUAAUGUUAACCAUGGAGUUCUUAAAGUUCUCCAAUCACCUGAAACCCUGCCAGAGUUGCUAUACUUGGAGGUGUCUGGCUCUUCAUGGCCCAGGCAUGACCGCCUAAUUGAGCUACAGCUACCCAAAUUACGCAUUCUCAAGCUUCGCCGUUGUGGACUCCGUAGCGAUAAGCCACUUUAUCUCAACGUUUUCGACGGUCGCUUGUGGAGUCUAGACGUGAGUGACAACCAACUAUCCGACCUCUCUGCAGCACGAUUCCUCAGCCAACUCAACUUCACCCGUCGACUGCGGACACCGCAGCAUGCAUCAACCGAGGGCUUGGUCGAGCGUUGGACAGAAUUCGACCGCCAUACCUCUAUUCUGGAAGUACAUGGCAGCAGCGACGUUUUUCUUCCUGGUGCCAGAUAUCUGGUCGAUGCUCCCGCAUUUACAGCCUUGGCUAAUAGUCAAGAGUUGCCUGCUGUCCGCUCCGACGGCUCUGUACCAGUACGCCAAGACACGCUCGACGGUGUUUUACGUCUCCUGUCUCGGAAUGAUGGCAUUGCUGCCACGGACCACUUGCCCGGCUCCAUCGGCCUCACACAUCUGCACUUGUCGGGCAACCAAUUUUCGGCGGCGGGAAUUGAAUCGCUGCUGCGCCGCUCCAACGGACAGAUAGAACACUUUGAUUGCGAUUCAAUGUGCUUAUUUCCACCUAGCGGCCAUUUUCGUGUCGAUGAAGAAUCGGGUAGAGAUUUACAUCCCACUUAUACUGGUAAGCUUGGCAUCCAUGAGUCAAUCAGAAUGUACGGAUUCUCGGGUCUGUCACAUUUAUUUCGCCCUGUUUGGUGCUCCAAUCUUCGAUCCCUCAGGAUACAUCACUCGUUUGUCACAAAUAUACCUACGGUCAGCAUUCCUGGUCUUGGUGAUAUUGACCGAAAAUAUUUUGCUGAGAAGCACAUCUUCCCCGGCCUUGACUGGGCAUACUCGCUAGCCUUUCUCCCGGACAUGAAUCCCCGGCUACAAUCCUUGACGUUGACUUGCGUUCCCCGCCAAUCCUUUGGCCCUCUCGUACACAAGUUGACCUUCUUCCUUCGGCUCUUGGGCUUGCAAGAGCAGGCGUUAUCCAUCAUGAACAAGGCGGAGGCAUCAAGACCAGGGCGGUCUGUGCGGUUUGUGAGCGGCCUUCGGUACCUGACACUGGAAAUGGAGUCAAUGGAGAAUAAGCCAAUGGAAAUGAGCUCACCUCUCGAAUUGGAUGCUGAGGAGCUCAUGACUAGUGGUGAGACACCAUUCAGCUUCUUUAAUGAAUCGGCGGAGCAGUCGCCGCCGCCAAAGGAGCCGCGCUCGUACUACAUCCCAGUUUGGACCUAUAUUAUCCCCAAGGCCCCCUUGAGGAAUAACCGUGUAUUCCAAGUUGAAGAAAUUGGGCAUGACGUAGCAGCAAAUUAUAGCCCGGGAGCCCCCCCUGGCUAUCCGCCCAGAGACCUCAGUAAGGAAAAAUGGAUUCGAUAUAGAGAAUCCACGAAGAAGCGACUGGUAGCAGUUUGGGCUGGCAAUACCUGGUCACGAAGUCCUGUUAUCCAGAAAUACCGCUGCUUGGUACUCGAGUAUGGAGUAUACGAGGGACUUGGGCCCACUACUAUUCAUCACACGAGGGCGGGCGCUCCGGUAGGAUGCUUCAUCUUCCAACAAACCUGGCUCUAUGCCGCGUUACCGCAAACAUUGGAAGUGCCACCAACUAUCCAAACACCAGAAUAUGAAGAUGUAGCCGCUGAGCUACGGCGACGCCAUGUCUCGACAUAUGAGGAGUUUGAGCGAAUACGGAAAGAGUCACCUCACCGUCCAUGCUUUUAUUGGGGCGGCACAUUUAAGAUUAUCCAUGCGAAGCCGAAUCACGUCAGUUGA